AUGGAACCAUGUGUCUGCAAGAUUAUAUCAGCUUUGUAUUGGGUUCUGGCGAUUAUUGAACAAAAUCAAAUAAGUAGUCUGUUUGUUAGUGAAAAGGGUAGUGCUAACAAACGAAAAUAUGAUGCGAACGUUCCACAUGAUGUAAAUACUUGUAUCAAGGAUGAUUGUAAGGGGAACGAAUCGUAA